GAAGAUGUUAUUUUCUAAGAAUGGUAAUUAAGCAUUAAAAAUGGUUACAGCCAUUGCCGUUACCUUUCCAAAAUCCAAUCUCUUGCAGAACCCUCAAUCCAUUCGGGACCCAACUUCUACAUUUCUGGGAGUACCAUUGAAGGGUGUCUGUUUACAGUUGAAACCCAGAAGCCAGAAAAGAGAUCACUUCAAAUUGGUGGUUUCUUCUGCAACCACUACUACCACUAGCAAUAACGAUGGCCGAUUUUAUUUGAAUUUCACAGGGUUUCCUUUCCCUCUUGGUCCUUUUCUAAAUAGGCGCACAAUAAGGACUGAGGCUGUGAAAGGUUGUAUAUGGCUCUUCGAACAAGAGCAAGCUUUAGGAUUCAGCAGUGUCUCAACAAACAUCCGAAUGACAGUCAUCAAGCUCAAGUCUGGAGGAUUAUGGAUCCAUGCGCCAAUUGCUCCGACCAAGGAGUGCAUUCAGCUUGUUAAGGAGUUGGGGGCUCCUGUAGAAUAUAUUGCCCUUCCAACCUUUGCUUAUGAGCACAAAAUAUUUGUGGGACCAUUUUCUAGAAAGUUUCCAAGAGCUCAGAUAUGGGUGGCACCUAGGCAAUGGAGUUGGCCUCUCAAUUUGCCGCUUGAGUUCUUUGGCAUCUUUCGUGCCAAAACCCUGAAAGAUGAGGAUUCUUCCACCCCAUGGGCCACUGAGAUCGAACAAAAAGUCUUUAGCUCACCAGAAGUUGGGAUUGGGCCAUAUGUGGAGGUGGCAUUUUACCAUAAACGUUCAAGGACAUUGCUGGUGACCGAUGCUGUAAUUUUUGUCCCAAGGCAACCACCAGAGUGCAUUAGCAAAGAAUCCUUGUUACAAUCUGCAAAGAAUGGUUUGGCUGUGAAGAUUCUUAGUAAAGGAAAGGAAGUCCCAGAUGAACCAGUUGUUGACAACAAGUUGAACCGUCAGAAAGGAUGGGAGAGAAUGGUUCUCCAAAUCUUGUUCCUGGGUCCAUCAAACCUUUUGGAGCCAACCGCCAGCUUUGGUCAAAUGUCACAGAAGUUAAUUGUUUCACCCAUUGUCAAGACUCUAGUUUUCAGCAAAGUUCCAGAAAAGGUCAGGGAUUGGAUUGACAGCAUUGCACGAGACUGGAGCUUCAAGAGAAUAAUCCCUGCACACUUUGCUGCUCCAGUAUAUGCAAGCAGGUCAGAUUUGUUUGUAGCCUUUGCAUUCCUUGAUGACCUCUUGAGUGAACGUUAUGUCACACGACCUUCACUUUCUCUUCUCUUUGCAUCCAUCAUGGGUAAGGCAGCCAGUUACUUUCCCCCAGAUGACAUGAAGACUUUAUCUUCUCUUGAUCAAUUCUUGGUCUCAGUUGGUGCUGUGAAGAAGACUGUCUCAGGCAGAAAACUGUAGCAUAAUAACCAUGUAAAUUCCCAUGUAAGGCUUCUCUCUCAUUUUUCCUUAUCUGUAUAUGUGCUAUAGUUAAUCUCACCAUAUUCCCUUGAAAGAAGAGGGAGAAGGUUCCCUAUGACACUUCAAUUCUUGUUUUCCUAGCUAGUUGUCAUAAUGAAUUGUGAAGCGCUUACAACUAAAUAAUAAUUUUGGUUGGACUCCUA